UGUGCUUUCCGAGCAGCGGGGGGCAGUAAUGAGCUGCGGCUGUUUUAAAUCUGCCUAAAACCCACGCAGAAGCCUGUCAGCCUCGCCAUGGCGGAAACAGAACAGCAGUCAGGAUCCACCCCUGAGGAUGAAGCACCUGAAGUCACAGCCAGCGACACCUUCAUGGUACCCAAGAAAGAAAUCAGUAUGGUGCCUGACAUGGGCAAGUGGAAGCGAUCUCAAGCGUAUGCUGACUACAUGGGCUUCGUUCUGACACUGAAUGAAGGUGUGAAGGGAAAGAAGCUCACAUGUGAAUAUAAGGUGUCAGAGACAGUGGAGAAGUUACUAGAUCUUUUGGGGACUCUGGACCGAUGGAUCAACGAGACCCCUCCUGUUGACCAGCCAUCACGCUUUGGUAAUAAGGCCUACAGAACCUGGUACACCAAAUUAGACCAGGAAGCAGAGGCCUUGGUGUCAGGACUGCUCCCUGCUGACAGAUGUGCUGCAGCUCCAGAGAUAGCUGUCUAUCUGAAAGAGUCUGUGGGGAAUGCCACCAGGAUAGACUAUGGAACAGGUCAUGAAGCUGCUUUUGCUGCGUUCCUCUGCUGUCUCUGUAAGGUUGGAGCUCUCAGGGUAGAUGAUCAGCUGGCUAUCAUUUUUAAGGUUUUUAACAGGUAUCUCUCAGUGAUGCGGAAGCUGCAGAGGACCUACAGAAUGGAGCCAGCUGGAAGCCAAGGUGUGUGGGGCCUGGAUGACUUCCAGUUUCUACCCUUCAUCUGGGGAAGCUCCCAGUUUAUAGAUCACCCAACACUGGAGCCUCGGCACUUUAUCGAUGAGAGGGUGGUGAACGAGUAUCACCAAGACUACAUGUUUCUGGAUUGCAUCAAGUUCAUAAAUGAGAUGAAGACUGGUCCGUUUGCUGAACACUCCAACCAGCUGUGGAACAUCAGCGCUGUUCCUUCCUGGUCCAAAGUCAACCAGGGUCUGAUCAGAAUGUACAAGGCCGAGUGCUUGGAGAAGUUCCCUGUGAUUCAGCACUUCAAAUUCGGUAGCCUGCUGUCCAUCCAGCCAACGAAGCCUUGACGCUCAUGCCACGCACGCGACGGAGAGACCAAAAUCCCAACAGCUCGCCCUUCCUCUGGCAUCCUCACAUGCAAAUACAACCGUAGCAAAAAUCAACCACAUGUAGUUUGACACACGCAUUCCCACAUGUGAACGCGUGUGGUCAUGAAAGCUUGUAGGUCAUCCAUGACUUGAAUGCAGAGCAUGUUGUGGAUGGCCUUUGUGAUUUUGGAGCAACUUUAUAUUUUUGUCAAUUUAUUUAUAUAAUGGAUAAAGUUUGAAUCAGGCUCCUUUUUGAGGGGACGAGGGGAUUAUUAUUUUUUUGUGUGUGCUCACUGAUGCUUAAUGCUUGAAUUUACCUCCUGAGCAGUAGGCUCAUUCAGAGUGAGGUGAUGCAAAUAAGACUUUGUGUGACUUCUUCAGAAUUCUUCAGUUUCUUCUUCAGUUUUAGGUAUUUUCUUGGUUUUGCUUUUAAGGCCAAAUGUUUUAAUUUAGUUGCAAAUGUACCGGUAUUUUAAGUGCCCACUUUCCUAAACCAAAUGUCCUGACAUCUCAGUGUCUUGCUCACAGAUGAGAUUUUUAAAGCUUCCAUAACAGCUCGUCCAAAAUGGAAUGUGCAGAAUUCCAUUCACCAUAAUUUAAUGAAAAGUCCGUUUAGGUAAGAAUCUUUGUAUGAAAUCUUUGUUGCUAGUUUUAUUUUCCCUGACCAGUCACUGUCAAUAGUCUACACCCAUGUCUUCAUCAUAGUCCCAGCUCACCCCAGUCUUCAGUUCCAUUUAUUUUACGUCACAUUGUAAAUUGACAGACCACACUUGAAUAAAUUCUUGUGGGUUUACUGCGCAGCUUUUUUCUCAAAAUUCUCAACCUAGUUCAAGUAUUGUAGUUUUUUACCCCAGAUUUGAAUCCAGUUUUAAAUGAGUGUUAAGUUCUGCAUGUGUUUCCUUUGGGAAGUCAAGAUCAUUUAAUAAAAGAAGCUAUUUUGGUGUUUCGACGCUGACCUGUCAAACCUGAUUUAGUACAUUUUGUCUUUCCGUCCUCAUUCAGCUGCAUCACGUGUAACAGGCUUCAAUUUGGUUGGUUUGAAUUCUGAAAAAAUCUUUUAAAAUGUAUUACUAGUACAGCUGUCAUCAACAUGUCGUCAGAGAAGCGCCGUACUGAGAGGAAUAAAGAGGGAAUGAUUUGAAACGAAGUAAAAGAAGCAAAGCAGCCCAUGACUGACGGGAGAGGUGCUCAUGUGACCGCCAUGGAGAUAUUAGAUGCAGUGAUGAUGAUGCACUGUCGGGAGGAUGCUGCUGGACAGAGACCUGCUUUAAGACGCUGGCAGCUGUGAGAGAGAGUUUCUCCAGAAACGACUGAAAUGUAUAAGCUGUGCUGGAAUAUGUCAAUAAAAAACUAACCUAAAAUCUAAAAA